AUGAGUUUGUAAUAGGAAUAUGAUUACCUUUUCAAGAUACUUUUGAUUGGAAACUCAGCUGUAGGAAAAUCGUCUUUGUUACUUCGAUUUGCUGACAAUGUGUUCAAUGAAAGUUUUUUGCCUACAAUUGGUGUAGAUUUCAAGAUUCGUACUUUUGAUUUGAAUGGGAAGACAGUAAAGUUGUAGAUUUGGGACACUGCAGGAUAAGAAAGAUUCAAAACAAUAACAAAUUCUUAUUACAAAGGAGCUCAUGGAAUUAUAUUGGUUUACGAUGUGACUGAUAAGUAAUCAUUCAAGGAUGUGGAAAAUUGGUUAGCAGAGGUGGAAAAGUACGCAAAUGAAAAUGUUGUAAGAGUACUUGUGGGCAAUAAGGUUGAUUUAGAAAGUAAGAGAGAAGUAACAUCUGAAGAAGGAAAAGAACUUGCAGAUUCUUUGAAUAUCCGUUUUAUAGAAACAUCUGCAAAGAACUCAUCAAAUGUGGAGAAAGCUUUUAUUACUCUAGCAAAUGAAAUCAAAGCAAAAGUAGCAAAGAGCAGUGAAGCUAUCCCAGUAAAAACAGGACCUCGCAUCACUCCUGAUCAAUAAUAGAAUACGGUCAAAGAUACUGGAUGCUGUUGA